AAUAAGGAGACAGCGGUCUGUAUCACCCCCGAGACGUUCCCUUCCACACUGUCGCUUGUCAGGGUAUAAAUGUACGUUUCCUCUCAGCCCACUACCUCAGCCUUUAACUCAGGACGCGGCUACAGGUGCUGAUCUGAUCUCCAUCUGACACCAUGUGCGACGACGAGGAAACCACCGCUUUGGUAUGCGACAAUGGCUCUGGUCUGGUGAAGGCUGGGUUCGCUGGAGAUGACGCACCCCGUGCUGUCUUUCCAUCCAUCGUCGGUCGCCCACGUCACCAGGGUGUCAUGGUUGGAAUGGGACAGAAAGACUCCUAUGUUGGUGAUGAGGCUCAGAGCAAGAGGGGUAUCCUGACUCUUAAGUACCCCAUUGAGCACGGCAUCAUCACCAACUGGGACGACAUGGAGAAGAUCUGGCACCACACCUUCUACAAUGAGCUUCGCGUAGCCCCUGAGGAACAUCCAACCCUGCUUACAGAAGCCCCUCUCAAUCCCAAGGCUAACCGCGAAAAGAUGACUCAGAUCAUGUUUGAGACCUUCAAUGUCCCCGCCAUGUAUGUUGCUAUCCAGGCAGUUCUGUCCCUGUACGCCUCUGGCCGUACCACAGGUAUCGUGCUGGACUCCGGUGAUGGUGUGACCCAUAACGUUCCCAUCUAUGAGGGUUACGCUCUCCCCCACGCCAUCAUGCGUCUGGACCUGGCUGGUCGUGACCUGACAGACUACCUUAUGAAAAUCCUGACAGAGCGCGGCUACUCUUUCGUCACCACAGCUGAGCGUGAGAUCGUACGCGAUAUCAAGGAGAAGCUCUGCUACGUUGCCCUGGACUUCGAGAAUGAGAUGGCCACUGCUGCUUCCUCAUCCUCCCUGGAGAAGAGUUACGAGUUGCCCGACGGCCAGGUUAUCACCAUUGGCAACGAGCGUUUCCGUUGCCCCGAGACCCUCUUCCAGCCGUCUUUCAUUGGUAUGGAGUCUGCCGGUAUUCACGAAACCACCUACAACAGCAUCAUGAAGUGUGACAUCGACAUCAGGAAGGAUCUGUACGCUAAUAACGUCUUGUCUGGUGGUACCACCAUGUACCCCGGUAUUGCUGACCGCAUGCAGAAGGAAAUUACCGCUCUGGCUCCCAGCACCAUGAAAAUCAAGAUCAUCGCCCCCCCUGAGCGCAAGUACUCUGUCUGGAUUGGCGGUUCCAUCCUGGCCUCCCUGUCCACAUUCCAGCAGAUGUGGAUCAGUAAGCAGGAAUACGACGAGGCUGGCCCUUCCAUUGUCCACAGGAAGUGUUUCUAAACGAAAAUUUCCCCCAAAGUUACCCCCUUCCCCUCCCUCUCCCCUUCAUGCCAAAACCAGGCUUCUGGCGAACCCAGACAGCUUCCCUUGAAUUAUUUCAAUGUACAGUUUGUUUACACACAAGUGCAAUUUAUAUAUGGAUAUUUAUUGGUUUAUAAAUAAAAAAAGACCCGGGACUUGCAACGCA